AUGGGUGAAGCAGCAGAGGCGUUUAGAUCGACGACCAACGCGAGGUUCUCAUUAGAGAUUCAAAACGGCGAGCAUAUAGAUGCUGAUCAGUUGUGGACACACUUGGCAAAGGGUAUGAGGGAUACGGCAAAGGCGGUACUAGGGGAAACAAGAGGGACAGGUAGUCAGCGGAAAGGGGGUAGGGAAUCUUGGUGGAUCAGUGAAGAGGUCAAACCAAGGUUGCGACAAAACUUAGUUGCUUUAAAGAACUUAUCAAGAGCAAGCAAAACGGGACAAAUGAGGACUGGUCCUUGGCUAGGCAGAGAUACUACGAAGCCAAGAAAGAGGCAAAGAAGAUUGGAUUUAGGAGACGUCAUCUAUAUUAAGGAUGAAAGCGGACGGAGCAUUGUGAAGGUGGAAGACAUUAGGAAAAGAUGGGAAGAGUACUUCGCCAACCUGUUUAAUAGGAGAGAGUCGGGGCGAAGUGAAGGAGGAAUCGAUCACGGUACUCACUCAGAUAUAUGUUGCGACGACGACGAUACUCCGAGGAUCAGCCAAGAGGAAGUAAGGCUCACCCUAAAGAAGAUGAGGAGAAACAAAGCAACAGGUCCAGACCAAAUUCCUAUCGAGGCAUGGAGAUGCUUGGGAGAUGUGGGGAUAAGCUUGCUGACAAGCCUUUUCAACAAGAUUUGGACAAGUGCAAAAAUGCUAGAAGAAUGGAGACUUAGCGAGGUCAUACCUAUCUAUAAGAACAAGGGGGACGUGCAGAGUUGUAGCAACUAUAGGGAAACAGAAACCUUAAACAAAAUGCUUCAAAGAUAA